AUGAAGUUUCUCAGUGUUGGCCCGACGGCCAUUUUCAUGGCUGCGGGCGUCGACGCCUUUUUUCGCAUGGAAUGUCAAGGUCGCGUUGGCCUUGCCCGGAUUGACCCUAUGAUCUCACCCGGAGAGCCCUCGCUCCAUCUCCAUUCGAUUCACGGCUCGUCUGGCUUCAGCAUGAACGCUACGUACGAUGACCUCCGUGACGGCGACUGCACCUCAUGCCGUGUCCUCCAGGACAAGUCUGCGUACUGGCACCCUUCGAUGUACUUCCAAGAUACCGACACCGGCGAGUUUGAGCUCGUCGAGCAGGUUGGUGGUAUGCUUGCAUACUACCAAUACCACCUGCCCAACCUUGUUGCGUUCCCUGCGGGUUUCCGCAUGGUGGCGGGGGAUACCAAACAACGCUCCUGGACAGCCUGGAACCUGACGCAACCUGACCCCCCCGCGAACGAGUGGGAUGCUCUCGGCCUCAAGACCCAGCAGUCGCUCCGUGAGCGGUCGAUGGGCUUCAACUGCCUCAACUACGCCGGACAAGCCGAGCCUACUCUCUACCGCCACUUCCUGCCCACGCAACAGUUCAUCCAGGCCAACUGUCCUAAUGGUAUCCGUACUGAGAUGAACUUCCCCUCGUGCUGGAACGGUGUUGACCUUGACUCGGAGGACCACCGCUCCCAUGUCGCUUAUCCUGAUGAGCUCAACAACGGAAAUUGUCCUGAGGGUUUCGACAAGCACCUGCCCAACAUGCUCUUCGAGGUGGUUUGGAACACCAAGCCUCUCGAGGGCCGCAACGGCAGGUUUGUCAUGUCCAACGGUGAUGCCGAGGGCUUCGGGUACCACGGUGACUUCAUGAUGGGCUGGGACGAGGGCUUUCUCCAGCAGGUCAUCGAUACUUGCACCAGCGACUCUGGCAACAUCCUUGACUGCCCGCUGUUCGAGAUUGUCACUGAGCAGAAGGCUCGCGAGUGCAAGAUGAACGUCCCCCAGAUUCUUGCGAGCGAGGACUGCCAGGGUCCAUUGAAGUCUCUCCCUGGCGGCGUACCCAUCACCUUUGGCGAUGGCCACGAGGAAUACGGCGGUGACGUUCCUCAGGAGCCCACCUUCGUUCCCAGCCUGGCCCCCAAGCCUGUCACCGGCUCGACGGCUUAUGUCUACCCGGCUCAGUCUACGCAGCAGGCUGCCCCCGUCGUUGCUUCGCCCGCCCCUGUGCCCGAGCCCUCGAUCCCCGAGCCUGAGGUUCCAUCUUCAUCGGCUGUGGUCCCCGCAUCCGAGAGCAGCGGUGGUGGCCUCUUCGCUGCUGCUGCUGUGGCGCCGUCUUCUUCGUCGUCUUCGGAACCCGCCCCGCCAGUCAUCACACCAGAGGUAAAGCCUCCUGUUCUGGUCGAGAACAAAUCCUACUACUCCACCCAGACGGUGACCAUCGGUAACGUGGUCUCGAUCAUUUACUGGGAGGAGGAAACCGUCUUCGUGACGGAAUACCUCGAUGAGACUACGACUGUUACGGUCACAGCCGAGGCGACGCCGGUGCCAGCUCCUGCUGCUCGUCUUAGGCGCCACGUGCACGGGCACGCCCGCGGCCUCUCUCACCGCCACCGCUAG